UUCAGUUUCCCCUGAUGAUUGCUCCUAUUAAUUAUAACACCCCCCUUCGCUUAAUCAUUGCAAUAACUCUACUGGAUUUUGCUCUGAAACAAAGGAUUCAUAUCUGGAUACGCGAAGUGUAUUAUCAUUGACGAUGGGAUCUGGCGAUUGGUUGAAGAAUAUAAUCAGCUUAAAUAAAGCAAGGAAACUAAAAUCAAACAAAACAAAGGAUUUUUCACUAACUGAAACAAAUGGAUUUAUAUCAAAACCCAGUUUCACAGAGAAACUAACAAAUAUUGUUAGCAUUAAUCGGCAUCGUGAGGUUGUCGGUCCGCUUACUGAAGAUACAGCAGCGACACGGAUUCAAACUGCAUUUAGGGGUUUUAAGGCAAGAAAGUUUUAUUGCAAUUCGAAACGAAUAGUAAGAUUGCAGAUGCUUAUGGAAGGCGAUUACGGCAAAAAGCAAACGUCGAAUACGUUAAGAAAUCUUCAAUCGUGGAACAGGAUACAAGCACAGAUAAGAACUAGCAGGCUUGCUAUGGUGGAAGACAGCAGGAUCAAGCAAAAGAAGAUUGAAAAUCAGUUGAGGCAAGAUGCUAAGGACCGUGAUCUCGAGGUGGAAUGGAAAGGCAGCCAUCAUACGAUGACCGAGGCUCUUGCGCGCAAAAAACAAAGAGAAGAAGCAACUAUAAAGCGUGAACGCGCAAUGGCAUACGCCUUCUCUCAUCAGUGGAGGGCGCAUUCUAAUUCCAAUUUAGACGCAAAUGGUUCCAAUCUCGCAACAUAUAAUUGGGGCUGGAGUUGGAUGGAGCGAUGGAUUGCUGCUCGACCAUGGGAAAGCCGGGCUCUAGUUGGGUCAACUCCAAAGAAAGUCAACAGUCCAACAAGUAAGAAAUCACCGUCAACGAAAAAGUCAAACUCACCGAAAACAACUUCACCUGUCAGUAAGAAACCAUCGCCAAACCGAAGGUUAUCAUUUGGGUCACCAGCAAAAGGUGAGAAUGCAAAGACAAAGCUGGAAAAGCUCACAACAAUGUAACUUAAAUCGGUUAAAUAUGGUGCAAUAGAUUAGUCAAAAUGGUUUAUAUUUUUGAAUUUAUUUGGUGUGGUGUGGUGACAGAGCAGUGUUGCUGUUAAGAAAUGGAAAUAAGAACACUCUUUGGAUUUUUAUAAUUAUUUUGCAUUGUACUAUUGACUUAUUUGUAAUUUAUGUUGUAAAUAAAUUUAAUAAUGGCUUUUGAGGGUGUAAACCAAA